CUCAUCAAAUCAUGCAAUAUCACAGGCCAUCGCGAAAACUUGUCUACUUUUUCUCUUCUUUGUCUUACUUUUCUUUUUUCCAAGUUCCACCUCAAACGUUUACGCUUUUCUUUUUUAUCUUUUGACUCCCUAUUAUUGUCAUGAGCAGUAGUAUGCAAGCACACAGUGACGAAGUACCACUUCAACGAAACUCAAUCAAGCGGCCUCCUCAGACUGAUUAUUCCUUUGAAGCCGAUCCCGGUUUCCAUAACAUUGGAUGGUAUGGCACUAUGAUGAAUUGUCUCGGUUCGAUUUGUGGUGGUUUAGGCAUGGUUCCUUGCUUAUGCUGCUUUCCAAACCCGUUCAAGGAAGUCAAUCAAGGUCAUGUUGGUCUAGUAACACGCUUUGGCAAGUUUUACAAGUGUGUCAAUCCCGGUCUAGUAAAGGUGAAUCCACUGACUGAGUCGGUGCAUCAUAUUGAUAUCAAGAUGCAAAUUAUCGAAAUCCCAAAGCAAAUCAUCAUGACCAAGGACAAUGUCAAUGUGCGAAUUGACAGCGUGGUGUAUUGGCAUAUCGAAAACCCGUUCCGUGCAGAAUUUGGCGUUCGCAGCGUACGAAAGGCACUUACAGAGCGCACGCAAACAACGCUUCGCCAUAUCCUUGGCUCUAAAACAUUGCAAGACUGUAUUGAGAACAGAGAGGCCAUUGCCAAAGAGAUCCAAGACGUGACCAAACCUGUUGCGAAACAAUGGGGUGUCAAGAUCGAGUCCAUCCUGAUCAAAGAUCUUCAGCUUUCUGAAGAACUACAAGAGUCAGUCUCUGCUGCUGCACAAGCCAAGCGCAUUGGCAAUGCUAAAGUCAUCAGCGCCCGUGCUGAAGUCGACUCCGCUAAGCUAAUGCGUGCUGCUGCUGAUAUUUUGAGCACGCCUGCAGCUAUGCAGAUUCGCUAUCUCGAAACAAUGCAGACCCUAUCAAAGAGCUCAGGAACGCGUAUCGUCUUCCUACCCUCCGACGCAGAUAAUCAAGGCGGAGGAGGUUCGUUUGGUCGAAUGCAGGCGGCGGCUUACCAGGAACUAUCAAACCCUGAUAACUUCAAAUAAACCACUUGGAUAAUUGUAUAUGUACGCACUCCUAGUAUGCUAGUUAAGCCAUCAGCUAUUGUUUCCUCUCACCUUUUUUUCCCUACAUUGCUUACCGUUAUUAAUAAUACUACUAUUAUCAAUAAAAUUUAAACUUUCAUAUGCC